GGCUAUAGUCCAUGAAAUCAGUCAUUCCGUGAAUUAUAUUGGCUCUGUACGGUUCUAGUCCCGGUCGUUGAUAAAAUUUUUUGAAAAAUUUGAAUUCUAGAAUUUUUGCAAUCUCGAAAAUUGUUCUGAAUAUAUAUAGCUUUGACAAUACGGUUCUAAUUGCAGUAAAUUGUGGUGUUUUUCGAAAUUCUACUGUUUUAUGAAAUUCGUGUUUAACUUUUCACGUUUUUUUAAAAAUGACCAAAAUGAAUAAUCGGAAGUUCUUCUUUGAGAAAUAUUUAAUUUUUAAUUAUCUAUCAAACUUUUCCACGUAACAAAGUCCAUUUGAGGAGAAAAACUGAAACAAUUAUCCGCACAUACAUAAAUAAAUAAAUAGUGCAUUGUUCAACUGAUCCUGUUGAUUUUUCUUGGACACAAAAAAAAAACAAUUUUUAAAAUAUUCGAAAAAAACGUUCCUAAAUAUAUAGUCAAGGAUUUGUCUGUGAUCUAGUGAAAUUUUAAGUGUUGUGGCAAAUAUCUAUCUAAAUAAGAGCUCCUUCCUCAGUGUUUCGAACUUGAUAUUUUAUCCUAUUAUUUCCUGGUUUUUGUGUGACAAUGUCGAUUCUGCCAAAGUUCAAUUUCUCUAAGCGACAAUGGAUGACUCUUUGCAUAAUAGGACUAGCAGAUUUCUGUAAUGCAAUAUGUGUUAGUCUGCAGGCACCGUUCUUUCCAAAUGAGGCUGAAAAGAAAGGAUGCACAGCGACCGAAUAUGGCUUAGUUUUUGGAAUUUUUGAACUGAUAGUAUUUUUAAUAUCACCAGUAUAUGGUCAAUACUUAAAUGUAAUCGGACCUAAAGUAUUAUUUAAUGGAGGAAUAUUCACAACAGGCACGGCAGCUAUUUUAUUUGGUCUUCUGGACAGGAUACCGGGCCAUACCUUAUUCAUCACACUAGCUUUCAUUAUAAGAAUAGUUGAAGCCCUCGGCAAUGCUGCGUUUUUGACAGCAUCCUUCGCGAUUAUUGCAAGAGAAUUCCCAAACAAUGUUGGAACGACUUUUGCGUCUUUAGAGACAUGUUUCGGACUAGGACUUAUUGUGGGACCAACUGUAGGAGGAGCUUUAUACGCAUUGGGCGGUUAUUAUCUACCUUUUGUUGUUCUAGGAUUUCUACUUUUCCUUACCGCUCUGCUUACACUCUGCAUUCUGCCAAAGCAUCCAAAUGAGGCGACUAAUCAGACUAGAGGCCCUUCACUGAAAACGGUCUUGAAAAUACCAGGAGUACUCGUCUGUGCCUUAAGUAUUUGCGCUACAAGUGCUUCAAUUGGCUUUUUAGGAGCAACAUUGGAGCCACAUGUGAGACAAUUCGAUUUAAGCCCCGUACUAUUAGGAAUGAUUUUUGUAAUAAAUGGUGGAAUAUAUGCAGUCACCGCACCAAUUUGGGGUUGGCUAGUUGACAAAUGGAUGAAUCCUAAAAUAUCAUCAUUCACGGGCACCCUAUUCAUUAUGGCUGGAUUCUGUGCAGUUGGACCGGCACCAUUUAUUCCUAUAGAGACGAAGCUGAGCAAUGUCAUCCUUGGACUAGUUCUUCAUGGAGUUGGUAUUUCGGCGCUUCUGGUUUCUAGUUUUUCGGACGCCCUACGAACAUCAAUAUGUAAAGGUCUACCUGAUAAUAUAGAAACAUAUGGUCUAAUAUCAGGAUUGUGGACUUCGACAUUUGCAUUGGGAGCAUUUAUUGGUCCAUCUGUGAGUGGAGCUCUUUAUGAUUCAAUUGGGUUUAGGGGAGCAUCUUUGUUUAUUGUUGCACUUCACGCUGCGGUUGGAAUAAUUUUGAUUAUGUUCUUAUGCUGCGAACGUAAACCUAAAAUGUACAAAGAACUUUCACAGACUGACUCCUUACUUAAAAAUAAACGUAAUGGCUUUGGUUUUGAAAAUCCCAUAUCCAAUGGCAAUGGAAUGUACUAUACAAAUGGGAAUGUAGCCACCAGUGAGCCUGGUUUUUGUAAGAGUUUCACUCGAACGAUAAACAGGGAUUGGAGAAAGUAAGUGGGCCUGUGAGAGUGGCUCACCAAUUUCAAUGGGUAUGCGACCUUAUUAUGGAAGUGUUGAUUGCCUCCGUUCAAACCUAGCCAAUUGUCAGGAAACCUUUGCGUAGAUACUGAUAAUAAUAUAAAUAUUUAUGAACAAAAACAAAUUAAUUUAAGUUUAUGACUAUUUUUCGUUUAGAUAUUAUUAAGGAUAAAAUGCUACUGACGAAAGUCAGCUGAAAGACUUGUUUGAUAUUCUAAACUACUGAAUGUUAAGUCCAAGCAACGAGAAAGGCUUAAUGGUAUAUUUUGAUACAAAUUUGUACUAUUUACGUAAUUGUAGAAAAUUUAGCUUUAUUUUAUUGCUUUUGUUAUAUAAAGAUAUUAAAUUUUGGUUUAAGAACACAAA